AUGCUCCGUAAGCGGAAAGGUCGGAUCCGCAAGGCAGGCACUAUUCAGACGUAUUGGAACACCUUGACCCUUGUCCGACAACUGGAGACAAAGCAAUUCGAGAUCGCGCCGCAGGUGCAAAUCGAGAUGUGCGGGGCGCGACAGCACCUGGUUAAUGAAUUUGGUCUGUCGACGGAGAAAGAGGCGAAGCCGAUCAUGCGAGCUGAGGAUGAGUUUGAACUGCUUAAGACGCUCUGGGAGUCAAGCGAAGUGGAAUUGCAGCAUGAACGCCUCCGAGUCCAAUUGGCGCUUAUGAUCCAGCUGGCUAGCAUCACCGGCAACCGCCCAGGCGCGCUGCGUCGCAUGCAAUACAAAGAUCUCAAGAUCGCACUGCUGCCAGAUCCCGCUGGUGGACCCCGCCCGAGGCUGGUGAUGGAUUUCACCUUCCGACAUACGAAGCGUUAUCUCGGGGUGAAAGAUCCGUGA